AUGUCUGAGACUAUUGAUUUUAUCAUACUAACGAGAAUGAGAACAUACAGGCAAUGGCCUCAAGCUCGCACCCAUCUUGUCCUCCAGAAUUUGGAUGAAUUCAAUACUGAUUGCUUGCGGGCACUUAUAGAGAAUGACUGUAAGGCAAUUUCCUUCUAUGAAACACGAGCAAAAAAUGAUGGAUAUGGUCCUCUCAUGCCAUGCACAUUUGUUGCCUCCCCUGCCAGGCAGAAGCAAUGUUGUUGUGACAUAUAUCCUAAUCUGUUGGGCAUCGAAAUAAUGAAGGAAAUUCCAUGCAAGGCAAAGUUUGACAUAUAUACACCAUACGAUCUCACUGCCUGCCCACAAGUCCUUGUUAUCUGCACCAACAAUCACAGCCACCCUCCACCUGCACCUGUCAAAACUCCAGAAGCUAUUAAAGCCAUUUUCUACGAGUUGCUGCUCACACUCAGCUGGAAACUUGCUGAUGCAACACCACUACAAGCUUUACAAGCUCACCUCAGUUGGAAGGAAUCCCACAAUCCCACACUGUCAGACCUUCACCCAUCUCUUGGGAACUCUGACCAUGCUCGGCGCCUCAUCAACACUUUGCGGUUUAAUGAAUUUCCAAGUGGAAUGGGGUUCACAGGUGCUAUUCACUUGGCAACAAAACAUGAUCUUUUGCCCUUGGUCAUUUGCAUGACAAAGCGGAUGUCAUGGCGUCUGAUGCAAGCAAAACGGCUCUUGAUCGACACUUCAUUCAAACGUAUACAUGGCUGGCAGGAAUUUGAAUUUGAGUCUUGGGACGUCGCCCACAUGAAAUCUGUUAUUGGUGCUCAAGCAUUCACAACAUCUCAAUCAGCGCAAGCACACUUCAUCCUCUUCCAACAAAUAUUCAAGAUUGCCAGUGCAGACAUGGGUUGUGCUGUUCAGUUUCAAUACAUGCACAGAGAAGGGAUUCAAACCAUCAUUGCUGAUGGACAUAAAGGUCAAGGUCAAGGCCUAGGUAUGUAUUGUGUAUACCUGUGUAAAGACUCAAUACAGGCUUGCUGCUAUGACACCACUGCUCUACUUCAUGACCUGGAUCCAUAUGACCAUCUGUGCUGCUUCUACUGUCUAUGUCUCGCACACUAUAAACGCAAUAUCCAUAGUCUUCAUGGUCAAAUUCCCAAAGACAUGGAAAUUGCCAUAUUGACGAUCGCAUCAGUGGAGCCUCAUCCCGAUCUACAGGGAACAUUGAAGAAGAUAAAGAAAGGUGGAAAAAAGGCUGCAGCGUGGCUUAAAGAUAAAAUUGAAGGCACGAAGUUUGCACUACCAGCACUCUAUCAGCCAAACAGUCUCAUCCUGCUCGAAAUUUGGAAGGCCUCACCAACUACUACCAAUGGAAACGAGCAAGCACACAGGAAUAUCAAUCAUGAUGGAAUCAUGCGAGGAUUUCACUAUGACACAAACAUCAGCGCUAGUUUGGACCUUUUCGAUGCAUUUGGCAUCAACUCCAGUGACCAUUUAUCUACCCAUGCUUACUGUGCAAAAUGUGCUCUUGCUCAACAAGGUAAGGAAUACUAG